GUGGAUAUUUUGGCCUUGUCAAUGUGCAUUUUGUCAACACUCAGUGUCAACUGGCGAGUGUGGAGUGUGGAAAACAUCGAGGGAAUCGGCUCUGGAAACAUCUGGAUUGGAAUCUGGGAUGUCUGCUUUUGGAAAGACCCUUCUAAUGACGGAAACUCUUUUUGGCAUUGCGAAGACCUCGAUGAGCAGCAUCCAACCCUCCCGAAGGAAAUUUUUAUUGCACAGGAUUUAAUGGCACUAGCUUCAAUUAUGAAUUCAGUGGCCCUGGGAUUAAUUUCUUUUGCCUUGUACAAUGUGUUCAAGCCCAGAAAACAUAAGGAUUUUCUCUUUCGCUUUUUUAGGCUUGCAGCUUUCCUGAACUUAGUUGCAGGGAUACUCGUCCUGAUUUCUGUGGUAUGGAACACAUCUGCUGUCUUGCAAAAUGGGGAAAUUGACUUCCCUGAAACUUUUGAAUUGCCUCAAAUUCCCAGCGAGCAGCAUAUUGGACCUUCUAUUUAUCUAGGCUAUAUCGCUGCAGGUUUCCAGCUGCUGAGUGCAGCA